AGACCCUGAAGUUGUCCCGUAAAUUGACCUUCAUCCUAUGGAUGCGCUUGGUGAGGGGUACGAUAACAGCUCACAAAGUCAGACCACGACAACACACCACAACGGUAACCAUUCCACAAUCUUAUGGACUUUCCCAUCUCGAUCGCCGUAUUAUUUGCCCAUCUCUUUAUUUCUCGGUCCCAUGGGGAAAACCAUUGCGGGAGCCAGAGAACAACUUCUCUCGCAAAGACGCCACGUCGUCAUUGGGAAGACCCUGCAUGUCAAGAUGUGGAACACCCAUCUCCACCAAUUUGCCUUUUUUUCGGAUUUUAUCCAUACUGGAUCUUGCUACGCCAUCUUAGGUGCCGCCAGCUGGAUUGUUGGAGCCGGAAGAUAAUGGAAAUCUUGUUUCGAAGAUAUUUCAGAGCAGGAUAUAUAGGAGAGCACGAAAAGAAGGAAACUGUAGAAUGAGAAAUAGCUAAUCAAAAAUGACAAGUCUGAUAUACCAACCAUAUAACACCUACCUAUUCAAU